AUCCAUUCAUAAACAAUCAAACAGUGCACAUCUUCAAUUCAGUAGAGGUGUAUCUUCGGGAGCCAUGCUCCAUCCGAUCAGUUUGUUGCUGAUUGUCUCAGGGUGUGGCCUGCUGGAAUCGAUCCCUUUCGAAGGAUUGACGCUUCGGUGCGGGGUCCAGCCAAUAGGACCAGAAGAGCUUGCCGAGAAGGAGAUCGAUGCCCUGCCGGGGGAGUGGCCAUGGCACGCGGCGAUCUAUCAGAUUCGGGCCGAGGGCGCCGUGUACGUGUGUGGUGGAACGAUGAUCGAUGAGAGCUUCGUCGUAACCGCAGCGCAAUGUGUUUGUGAUGUAGAGAAUGGGGAAAAGUUGAGCAACGAAACAAUCCUGGUGCGACUUGGGGUUCUGAGCUUGAAUGCCCCAUUCCAGCUGAUGUCGCAGCAAUACUCGGUGAGGGAUGUGCUCGUUCACCCGAACUUUACAGCGAACACACACCGCGCUGAUAUCGCAGUGCUGAUGUUGAGCACGGUGGUACGAUUCAGUGAUUAUGUUCAUCCGGCUUGUGUCGAUCAGAAAGGCGACUUUCGUGAAGGCAAAGGAACUGUUGUCGGAUGGGGUUCGAGUAGUGUGAAUGGUUCCAGUGAGCUCAGUGAUUUGCAACUCCCGAUUUACAGUGGAUCUGGUUGUCCAGUGCGGGAGGAAGCCACCUUUUGUGCAGGAUAUGCUAACUUUACUAGUGUCUGCAACGGAGACAUCGGGGGUGGGAUAUUCACCAAAAGUGCAGAAACUUGGUACCUAAUAGGAAUACUGUCCAUGCUUAGGGACGACCACGUCGAUAAUAAUAAUUGCCGCUUAGAUGGUUAUGCUACGUUCAUUAAAGUAAAGAAUUUCAUCCCAUGGAUUGAAAAAAAUACAAAAUUGGAGCUGGUGGAGAAAUCAGAUGAGUACAAAUUUAUAAUACCUAGUGGUGUUCCCGCCAAAAAAUGUGAAACAGUGGAAACAAAGAAUUCUAGUAAGAAGUUAGAUGAUUUUCCGCUCGAUUGCGGACGAUAUGUCGUUAACCGGAUACUACAAGGCCGAAAAGCAGAUCUAUUCGAGUUUCCCUGGAUGGCGAUUGUGCGUUACCUAGUGGCUCCCAUACACGAAUUGGAGAACCUUUGCACGGGAAGCUUGAUAAGCGUGCGCUAUGUCCUGACGGCAGCACAUUGCGUGAAGGAGAGCAAGAAACCAUACCAAGUGAGAUUGGGCGAACACACUAUGGAUCAAGACACAGAUUGCCGAUCGGAUGAUGAUCGUGAGUGUGCUCCACCUGUUCGCGAUUACGGAAUUGAAUGCAUUGCUCGCCAUCAAGGUUACAACAAACGAUUACAAAGGGAUAACAUUGCCUUGAUUCGAUUAGAUAAGGAUGUGACAUUUGAAGAUCAUAUUCAGCCCAUCUGUCUCCCCACGUCACCGCACCUGCAAGGUCUUCAACUACCUCAGUACAUCGUUACCGGUUGGGGUGACACCGAGGAUGAACAAAAGUCAAUGACUCUUCUCAAGACCACCGUCAAACGCGCUAACCGAUCGGAGUGUGAGGCGUGGAUGGAAAUACGAGGUUUCAAGCUGACCGACAAUCAACUAUGUGUAGGUGAACCAGACGGGGCGGAUAGUUGCAAAGGCGAUGGAGGAGCUCCCCUUGGGUACAGUGCGGAGUACAACCGGGGAAUCCGUUUCGUACAGUUUGGGAUUGUGUCCUUUGGGUCUGGGUGUGGAGUGGUGCCCUCGGUGUACACUAAGGUUGCUGAUUACAUGGAAUGGAUGAAGGAGAAUAUGUACUGAUUUCUUAUACUUAAUAAAUUCAAGAAACUAGUUCAAUAAU